GGUGUAACUAAAUAUUUUGAUAGUGUAUUUUUUACUCCUUGUAGUCUUUGUGGGGCACAGCAGUGGCGCAUGAGCAAUGGUUGUUGCUUGCUUUUGUUGGGCUUGGGAUGGGGGACUUUGAUUUCUAUUACUAUGUCAGCCAGUGGCCAGGAUCAUAUUGUGCACAAUCGAAGAAAGGUUGUUGCCUCCCAACAACUCGUGAGCCUGAUGAAGACUUCUUCACCGUCGGGCUGUAUGCCGCCACCUCUGCCGGGACCGUGCUUGGAAGGUGCCCAUACAAAGAGUACUUUGAUUUCUCAAAGUUGGUGUGCAUGGAGGCUACUCUGUCCGGUAUGUGGCCUAGCAUCAAGUGCCCAAGCAACAAUGGAAUCUCAAUGUGGAAGUCCUUGUGGAAGAACAGUGGGGUCUGCACAAACCUCGAAUUAAUCGAGUACUUUGAGAAAGGCCUAGUCCUCUAUUAUGAACUCAACCUCCUCAAUGCCCUCAAAAAGCAUGGCAUCGUGCCGGAUGGUCGACUAUACCAACUUGCAGACAUCAAACAAGCACUGAAGGAGGAGAUAGGGGAGGAGGUUGGGAUUCGAUGCAGUACCAACUUGGAGGGAGAAUUUCAACUCUAUGAAGUCUAUGUCUGCAUCGACAAAUCCUUCACCACAGGUGUGAUACCUUGCCUGACCUUGCCCUACUUUACAUGCUCAGAUGAGAUACUCUUCCCUGCGUUCAAUGUCCAAAUGCUCAAGAAGAAUGGGACUAGGAACUCACUCGAGCUCCAAGUUGAAUGAUAGCCAUGGCACUAAGAGAACAUGUUGCUUCUCUUCUCAUUUCGAGCUCAUCCAGUGUGGUGUACAAGAAUUUGUAGUCAUUUUUGGGCUUGAUAUGAAUAAGAUUGUGGUUUGUCUUUAUAAACAUUCCAAUAAAAGCAAGCAAAACAAUGCAAAGCUAGA